GCGCCACCAGUUAACAUACAAUACUCCUGGUCUCCAGUCACGGUGCCGUCUAUUUCUGUUUUAUUGAUUUAAUAUAGUUUCAUUAAUACAUUUUUCAACGGGUACAUUCUCUGUCUCUGUCACACUUUUCUGUCUAGUCUAGUCGCUAUCUUACGCAUACUCUCUUGAGUAUACACUUAAUCAUAAAACACAAUAUCAUAUAACUAAUUAGUUGUAAGAAUCUGAUGUGUCAACCGUCACAAUAAAUUUAUUUCUCAAACUUUUUUUUGAAAAUAUAUUUUUUAAUGUUAACUCUAUUUGUAGUGAAUUUUAAUAAUUUUCAUGUUUUUAAAAAAACACAUCACAAGUUUUAAGUUCACCUAUACAUUUCCGAACUGCCGCAACGCGUUUAAAAUUGUUUUAUUAGCUUAAUCUUUACAAUUGAGUAGAAAAAAUUACUGUGUUAAAUUGUGAUACUUGGUAUUUCUAUCUAUUCUGUUUGUGUGCGUGUAUAAAAUUGUGUCCCAUCCGUCAACAUAUUCACCGUAUGACCGUAUUGCACACCCAAGCGGCAUCAACUAAAAAGAUCCCCGAUUGUAGUGAGGGGUCUGAGAAUUCAGACGUCAUAACAAACACAGCGGACCUGUCUCUGGGCAUUGAAAAAGAAGCGCUGCGGCGCGAAAAUGAGCAUAGAGCUCGUUCACAGUUGCUUAAUAGCCGUACGAAACCGGUGGCAUUUGCUGUUCGAACAAAUGUGGCGUUCGACGGUAAAAAAGAUGAUGACUCGCCAAUACAAGGUUGUGCAAUCACAUUCGACACUAAAGAUUUUUUGCAUAUUAAGGAAAAAUAUGACAAUAACUGGUGGAUAGGACGUUUAGUAAAAGAGGGUUCAGAUGUAGGUUUUAUACCGUCCCCCGCUAAACUGGAACUUCUGCGUCAGAUGAAUCCAUCAAGAAGCUCAAAGAAUCACUCUUCCAAAAAUUCGUCUUCAUCAAAUUUAGGUGGUGUAAUAAAUGAUAUGCUGACCAAUAAGGGGGGUGAUUCAGGGGGUUCUACCCCUCCCACUCCCGCAGAGGAUGAUGAUAUUGGAAGUGGCCGUAUAUCUGCUAGGACCAAUUUAACUACACCAACAGCAAAAGAUAAAAGGAAAAUUUUCUUUAAGAAACAAGAAACCACACCACCAUAUGAUGUUGUUCCAUCAAUGAGACCUGUUGUAUUAGUUGGGCCAUCUUUAAAAGGAUAUGAGGUUACUGACAUGAUGCAAAAAGCCUUGUUUGAUUUUUUAAAGCAUCGCUUCGAGGGAAGAAUUAUCAUAACUCGCGUUAUGGCCGAUAUUUCUUUAGCAAAAAGAUCUCUUUUAAACAAUCCAUCAAAAAGGCCUAUAAUUGAAAGCAAACCAGGUUCAAAUUCUCGGUCCAAUGUAAUGGCCGACGUACAGCAAGAAAUUGAAAGAAUAUUUGAACUUGCUAGAACACUACAGCUUGUUGUAUUGGACUGUGAUACAAUUAAUCAUCCAUCACAAUUAGCUAAAACGUCAUUGGCACCUACAAUAGUAUAUUUAAAAGUAUCAUCUCCUAAAGUCUUACAACGACUGAUUAAGUCUAGAGGUAAAUCACAAACUAGACAUCUUAACGUGCAAAUGGUAGCAUCAGAAAAGUUGGCUCAAUGUCCACCGGAAAUGUUUGAUGUAAUACUCGAUGAAAACCAAUUAGAAGAAGCAUGUGAACACAUUUCUGAAUAUUUAGAAGCAUACUGGAGGGCUACCCAUCCACCAGUUACACAUGAUCCCAAUGAACCGCCGUUGUUGACCCGGCCUAUAAGAAGUUCACCUAGUAUGGAUAUGCCCAUCAUAAUGAACAAUUAUGGAUCUUCGGCAGAAUAUCAAUCAUUGGAUCGCAUUCCUCCACGUCUCGAACGAAUGCGUACCCAAUACGAUGACUACGAACUUAGUGAUCAUGAUAGCAUGGUUUAUGUACCACCCGUUACUGCAUACCAUACUCACCAGAAACAUCAUCACCCUCAUCAUCAGCAACGCCACCAACAACCAUCUCAAAUUCGACACCAACAAAGCGUUUCUUUUGAAAGAAGUAAUUUGCAUAAGGAUGAAAGUGGUGGAUAUAAUAGUGGAGGUAAUCGUUCUGAGAGUUCGCAUAAUAUGCAUCAUCAAUUAUCAUAUCAGUUGGGAUCGCAGACAGAUAUGUUAACUCAUAGUCCGCCUGAAAAUUCAUCUGACCAUCUUAUGUCCUACAUGUCUCCAUCUGUAAGACCAUCACAUAACAGAAGACCAAACGUCAACAUGUAAUACGUGAAUAUUUUGUGCGUAUAUUUAAAUGCACUAAUAUUUUUAUACGCAGUAUAAAUUAAUUAAUACUAAUUAUUAAUUUCAUUUAAUUGAAAUUGCCUUUUAUGGACCAACAUUUUGUUGUGUGCUAAAUAUUGAUUUAUCAAUAUUAAUGAAGUAUGUUUAUACAUUUUUAUAAAUGUUUUUGAAAACGAAAUAUUUGAUUAAAUCAUUAAAAUAAUAAAAGAAUGUAAGUGUGAUACUUAUUAUUUUUCCAAUAUAAUAAUAAUUAAAAAUUAAUACUACAAUUAAUUUUUUUCGAAUAAUAAUUAUUUAUAUUUCUAUUAAUUAUGAAUGUUCACACAAGGGUAAACAUUUUAAUAGAAAAAAUCAAAAUACUUAAUUGUAUAAUAUUAGUAAGAUUUUAUUUUUUUUUAUGAUUAUGUUUAACGAAUUCAACCAUAUUUUACAUAUGAUUUUAGUUACUUAUACUGCUAUUUCAAUGACAAUGUAUUAGUGUGGUAAUAGUGAAAUUAUCGUCCUCAUUUCUAUUUAGCGCUUAAUUAUUAUACUCAAUCAAUGAUAAUUUGUUUCAAAUUCAAGUUGUACAUUCAUAUUUUUUAAAAAACAAUCAAUAUUUGUUUAUUUCAGUUAAUAUAAAUUCAAAGUUAUAUUAAAAUAAUAUAGAUAUUUAGUAAUGUAAUUAUUUCAUUUCUGAACGCAGGAGAAAAUUAGCUUGUGUUAACUUUUCAAUAAAUUAGUUAACAUAAAAUAAAACUCAAUAUAUCUCUUCGAUGUUAAUUUCCAUUAAAACUUUACGAGACUUUUUAUACAGUAAAAUAAAAAUUUCCUGUAUAAAAAUAUGUCAAAAAUUAAUUGGAUUUUUUUUUUAAAUUUCAGGGUAUAAGCAAUCUAGUACGAACAGGCUUUAAUUGAUUUUUAUAAUUAAAUAACUUUUUCUUAGAUAGGUGUAUUGAUUAUUUUAUGACUUAUUAUUUAUUUGUAUAAUUCUAACUACAAUAAUAUAAUAUAAUAUAAUCCUUUAAAAUGUUCUAUGAUAUCAAAAUGAAUCCUUUUUGUACUAGGUCUGCGAUUUUUAAGUCGAACUUAUUAUCAUUCCUUUAAGUUUGGUAAACUUAAA